CACAGAUUUAACAGAACAGAGAGAAUAAAAGAUGUUUUGGUCCAUUAGAGCUAGCUUUUUCCAGUUUGCUUCUCAUGCAGAGCCGCCCAGCAGCAGCAGCAGCAGGCUUGUGUAACUGUGCUGAUCACCUCCCCAUAUUCCUGCUGUUGCCACAACUCAGUGGAGGGAGUUGAAACAUGGAAACAAUUCAAGAGGCCCAGAGUGUAUGAGCGGACCGUACAGUCCAGUGAAUCCCCCACAGAGCAAUCCAUCACCAGAGCCCUGAGAAAUACCUCACUUUUUUCUUUCUUGGAAAUGAAGAGGAGUGCUUCUACAUAUGACAUCACAAGAAACUUGAAACCAACAGUUUCAGCAGCCCUCCCUGCUCACUGCAUGCUCACACAUUUGCUCCCCUCUCCCUGAGGCGUUUUGUGCUUCUCUGCGGGGUUCUAAAACACUCUAGUCCUGCUCAAACUACACCUCUGAACGCAGGAUUUCACAGAUACUGCGUCCGCUACAGAGACUGAGCCGGGCCUGCUUCUGGAGGAGUGAUUUCCCCUUUCAAUACCUCUUUGCCUAAAAAGAAUCAUCUAUAUGACAGAAUAGGUCAGCCCGCGUCCCUGUCAAAGUAUGGAGCUGCAGAAUCUGUCCAAUGGGAACUACCACCAUGAUGCUGCAGGGCCUUUGGAGGGGGGAAUCCCACCAGAGGAGGAAAGGUUCCUGCCUCACAAGAGUGAUGGACCCUCCCCUCAGUUCACCGACUUUGAGGGUAAAACCUCCUUUGGGAUGUCUGUCUUCAACCUGAGCAACGCCAUCAUGGGCAGCGGCGUUCUGGGUCUCUCGUACGCCAUGUCCAACACCGGCAUCGUGCUUUUCCUGAUCCUGCUCACAUGCAUCGCCUGCCUGUCCUGUUACUCUGUUCAUCUGCUGCUGCGCAGUGCAGGAGUAGUGGGUAUUCGUGCCUAUGAGCAGCUGGGCCUGAGAGCGUUUGGUCAUCCAGGGAAGAUUGCAGCAGCUAUCAUCAUCACGCUCCACAACAUUGGAGCCAUGUCGAGCUACCUGUUCAUUGUCAAAUCUGAGUUACCACUGGUCAUCCAGGCCUUCCUCGGCCAGACCUCCAGCUCAGGGGAAUGGUACAUGAAUGGAAACUACCUCAUCGUGAUCGUCAGCAUCUGCAUCAUCCUCCCUCUGGCCCUGAUGAAACACCUGGGGUAUCUGGGUUACACAAGCGGCUUCUCUAUCUCCUGCAUGGUCUUCUUCCUGUCUGCGGUCAUCUAUAAGAAGUUCAACAUUGCCUGCCCUCUGGAAGUGUUUGGCAACCACUCAGUGAGCGCAGUCUUGCUGGACGACACAUGCAAUGCAAAAUACUUCACCAUGAAUCAAGAGACGGCGUAUACCAUCCCCAUCCUGGCAUUUGCUUUUGUUUGUCACCCUGAAGUGCUGCCCAUCUACACCGAACUGAGCAACCCAACCAAGAGAAGAAUGCAGAAUAUUGGCAAUGUCUCCAUCCUGGGCAUGUUCACCAUGUACUUCUUCACGGCCAUAUUUGGAUACCUGACAUUCUUUGGGAACACUGAAGCAGAGCUACUCCAUACCUACAGUAAGGUGGACCCCCUGGACACUCUGAUCCUGUGUGUUCGACUGGCUGUCCUGGUAGCUGUCACUCUGACGGUCCCUGUGGUCUUGUUUCCUAUCCGCCGGGCCCUCCUGCAGCUGCUGUUCCCAGGCCGGCCCUUCCACUGGGUUCGCCACAUCGCCAUCGCCUUCUGUCUACUGUGUAUCGUCAACCUGCUGGUCAUCCUCGUUCCCAACAUUCGAGACAUCUUUGGCAUUACUGGGGCAACCACUGCCCCUAGUCUAAUCUUCAUCCUACCGGGACUGUUUUACAUUCGGAUCAUCCCCACUGACCAUGAGCCCAUGAACUCCAGACCCAAGAUCCAGGCUGCGUGUUUCACAGCGCUGGGGUUCAUAUUCAUGACCAUGAGCCUGACAUUCAUCUCGAUUGACUGGACAAGUGGAGAGCAGCGAAAUCACGGCGGCCAUUAAAGUGCACCCCAAGCUUUAAAGCCCCCCCCCUAGUCCUGUUGAUGGGAAGCAAGAUAAACCUGCUGGAAGGCGCGGGUCUUUGGUGGGACUGUCUUCAUUCAUCAUAAGGACAAUCCAUUCCUCCACAGUGAUGAGGAACUCUGUUUUGUUAUCUAAAUCACCACGUUUCAAAUCCACGCCACCCCCAGGAUCCUCACAGGUGGUGCUCCUCUGUACAGCUGAACAACAUGUUGAUCAUGGAAACCCCUAAACCCUUAAAAACCUCAACUGAGGAUAAAUGUGGUGUAAAGCAGCAGUCAAACAUCUGUUCAGCAAAGUUUGAGAGUAAAACAUUUUGAAUAUGCAGCUUGAAUUGCUUGUAGCAUAUUUAAAAGUACCACAACUGUAUUGUUAAUGUGCAUUUGUGUGUGUAUGUGUGUCGAGAUCAUUCACUGUCUAUCUGAGAAUUUCACACACCAAAUAAACAGCAUAAGAGGGUGGAACCCGGUCCAUUUGUUAGUUUGAAGGUUAAUGUUUGUAUCGUUGGAAGAUUUCUCCUACACACUGCAGCGCCAAGUACCAAUCGUUUAAUGGAACAUGACGACAACAGAGAGACCCAGUACUUAAAUUCAGGGCAAAAAGGAGGUCUGCUCACUGUGGUAUAGAGUCAGUCAUCAGCUCCAACCCUUACACUGCUGGGGAGAAAAGAGCAGGGAGACUCCAGGGUGGCAAAUCCAGGAGCCUAUCCCAGGAAACAGAAACAAAUAAGAUAAAAUGUUAAUGUGACAAAACCCGAAAAAAUAAACCUGUUGUUUAUUUAAUACAAAGGUAGUAAAGUGUCUAGUUAAAAAAAUACAAAUACAACCAGGCAGGCAAAAGGUGCCUUAAGAUUUAUAUUCAUGGCACCCUGAUGACAAAAAGUCUUAAUUUGAAACAUUGUUUGAUGAGGAUUAAUGGCUAACAUGGCAAUUAACUGUAAGCAGUGAUAGAUGUAUCAAUGCAUUGAUUGUAUUUUGCCUUUGCCCAUCAUGAGAGAACUUUAACACAUUGCAUCAUUUUUACAUGUUUUAAAUGUAUCACAACUUUUUUGAUAUUUCCCUUCAGUAAUUAUCUGAAAUAGCUGCAAUGAAAUUCCCCUCAUAUCACAGGUUCAUCCUAAAACCUUAUUUUGCCUCCUCAUUUCCCUCACUUGUUUCUCCUCCUUGAGUCUUAGCUUGGAAGUGAGAGGGACGCUCGGACAGAAGAGUCCUCAGGUAUGACACAAGAUAUCCUCCUACCCUAGAGCGUCACUCUCAGACCUCCUCUUGAGGGCAGACCACAGCCUUGUCGCUUGCCACAGGGCUAAACAAACGAAUGGUGCUGAUUAUUAAGAGUAAUUCAUCUCUUUUUAUUCAAAGGAUUUAAUGUGUUAUUUUAAGUCCUCAAUUGUGUUUCCAAUAUCAAGUUUAUAUUUUAAUAAAACAUAAAGUGAUAAUAAUGAUGAUGAUGAUGAUGAAGCAGUGGCUUAAUGGAUCUGUCAUUAUGUUAUUAGAGCUUUGUUUUGUUAAAAUGCAGUUUUAUAUUGGAUGUUGUAGUUACAUUUCUUCCCAAAAAGGAAGACAAAUGUGACCAGAAGAUGUUAAAGGCAUAUUUACUGUAAUCACAUAUUUUCCUUACUAAUAAAAUGUUUGAUCUAGA